GAAGCCACCAAGCCGAGAUUCCCAAAAACCCUAGCACAAAAAUAUCUCCUCCUCCUCCUCCUCCUCCUCCUCCACCGCGACUAGGGUUUUAGCCGACACCCCUCGCCGUCGGCCUCCGCCGCUCCUCCGGCCUCCGUCCCCUCUCUCUCUCUCUAUUCCUCUUCCUCCUCCGAUGGGCAAGUCCAGCAAGAAAUCAGCUGCCGCGGUUGCAGCUCCUGCUGCUGUUCCGGCGACAAAGUCCGGCAAGAAAGGUAAAAGAGAAGUGGAAGAAGCACCUGAGAAGCAGUUGAAUGCAAAGAAGCAGAAGAGCAAUGAAGGGAUAGAGCAGGCUAUUCAGAAGAAGAAAGCUGAAGCGAAAACGGUGGCAAAGAAGAAACAGGAUAGUAGUAGCUCGGAAUCAGAGUCUGAGUCCGAGGAAGAGGAGGCUGUUCAGAAGAAGCAGAAAAUUGAAAUAAAGAAGCCGCUUAAAAACGAAGAAACAAGUAGUUCAGAGGAUUCAGAGGAUUCAUGUUCAGAUUCGGAGGAAGAAAACAAUGAACCUGCUCCGAAGAAAAUAAUGUCUAAAAAUGGCACAGUUGCUAGCCUUGCCAAGAAGGAUUCCAGUAGUUCUGAUGAUUCGGAGUCAUCGGACGAUGAAUCCGAUGAGGAUGAAAAACCUGCUGUCAAGCCUGCACAGCAGAAGAAAGCUGCUUCAAAGGAAUCAUCAAGCGAUGAAUCAGAAUCUGACAGCUCUUCAGAUGAGGAAACUGAUAAACCUAAAGGAAAGGUCCAGGAAAAGCAGCCUAAGGUAGAGGCAAAGAAUGGUUCAGUCAAGAAGGAAGAAUCUACUGAGAGUUCCGAUGAGGAAAGCAGCAGCGAUUCAGAUGAGGAAGAUGAAGCUGCAAAAGCUACUUCUCAAAACAAAAAGGCAUCAGCCAAUGCUUCUAAGCCGGCUCCCAAAAAAGAUGAGUCUAGCGAUGAAUCUGAAGAAAGUGAUUCUGAUUCUGAUGAGGAUGAAAGUGCUAAGAAACCAACUUCUGCAGUUCCUAAAAAGAAAGUAGAAUCAAGUGAUGAUUCGGAUAGUGAAUCAGAGGAAGAGGAAGUUGUUAAAAAACCAGCUAAGAGUGUAUCAAAAAAGGAAUCGAGUGAUAGCAGUUCUGAAGAUGACUCAGACAGUAGUUCGGAUGAUGAUGAUGGCCCACCUAAGAAGAAUGCUUUGGACGUUUCUGCUAAGAGGCCACGUGUGGCAGCUCAAACAAAGCAGACCCAGCAGCAGGCAAAGAUGGAUGUUGACGAAAGCGACAGUGAGGAGGAUGAUAGUUCAGAGGAGACUGAUGAAGAGCCACAAAAUAAAAAGCCCAAGAUUUCUGCAAACAAGUCGAACGGGAAAGUUAGUAAAAAAGAAAGCAGCAGUGAUGAAGAAACCUCUGACGAAUCCGAUGACAGCUCGGAUGAUGAGCCUAAGAAGACAUCAAAGAAGGAUGCUGAUACAGAAAUGGUAGAUGCUUCUCCUGCCCCAAAAGCUCCAAUGUCAGAGAAAAAAGCUCCAAAAACCCCUGACACACCUCAAAGUACGGGCUCAAAGACUAUUUUUGUUGGUAACCUGCCAUACUCAGUUGAAAAAGCUGAUGUAGAGAAUUUCUUCCAAGCUGCUGGUGAAGUUCAGGAUGUACGCCUUGCUUUUGAUGCUGAUGAGAGGUUCAAGGGGUUUUGUCACGUUGAAUUUACCACAGCUGAAGCAGCACAAAAGGCUGUUGAAUACAAUGGAGAGUAUCUUAACGAUCGUCAGAUGAGAAUCAGUUUGGCACAUGAAAGGGGAGCAUAUACUCCACAAAGCGGGAAAGGCAAUUUCUCGCAGAAGGGAGGGGGGGGUCAGGCACAAACCGUUUUUGUGAAGGGUCUUGACAAGUCCAUUGGAGAGGACCAGUUAAGAAGCAGCUUGUCAGAGCAUUUUGGGACCUGUGGUGAGGUUUCAAGAAUCUCAAUUCCUAAGGAUUAUGAUUCUGGUGAACCCAAAGGGUUUGCUUACAUUGACUUUACGGAUAGCAACGGUUUCAACAAGGCUUUAGAGCUUAAUGGGACUGAACUAGGUGGUUAUCCACUUGCAGUGGAUGAGGCAAGACCGAGAGAUAAUAGCGGUGGUGGUUUUGAUGGCGGCAGAGGAGGUGGAAGGAGUGGUGGAAGGAGUGGUGGAUGGAGUGGUGGUGGAAGAGGCGGUGGAGGUCGCUUUUCUGGUAGGCGUGGUGGCCGUUUUGAUGGUGGCAGAGGAGGUGGCCGUUUUGAUGGUGGCAGAGGAGGUGGCCGCUUUGGUGGUAGAGGACGUGGGACGCCUAAUAGACAAAGCAUGGCAGCAUCUGGCACAGGGAAGAAAACGACGUUCAAUAAUGACGAUUGAGGUGGCGGAGGAGAGUAUUGAAACUCACUGAUUAGAGUGAGACGUGGUACUGGACAGGUUCCUAGUGAUGCUAUAUUUAUUUAUUAACGAAGCAAGCAAGACAGAGACAGAUCCGAGAUUUUGUAAUUUUGAGGACCAUCGUGCCCAUUUUGAUUGCAAUUUUGAUAUAUAUCGAAUGUUUUGAUAGUUUGAGUGAAAAUUAGUUCUGCUUA